AUGGCGUCGCAAGCUGCGCUGCUCCUGGACCCGCGGUCCUACAGGAAACAGAUGAACUCAAAAGGUUCAAACAAGACAGAACGAACACCAGUCAAUAUCGGUAAUGCUGUAACAGCACCUGCGCAGAUGUCUCUCGCAAACAAACAAAUAUCCGGCAUGGAUGGCCAGCCCCCGGCGAUAAGGUCACAUCCUUCAUCUCCCUCACGCAAAAAUCCACCGCCCUCUAAACCAACUGCAACUGCUGGGAAUAAUAUCGAAUUCGAAUUUGUGAACACCGAGGAGCUGUCUAGCUCAGAAGACGGGCAGGCACACUCGAAGCGCCUCAGACAGGACGAAGGACUAAACUUGGAGCAUCGGUCUCUGAUUGAAGACUUGCACAAUGUUGAGCGCCGGGAGGAUCAACCCAAAAAACGCAUCAGGACUGACGUUGACGAGAAACCGAUUGCUAGGACCAAGCCACAGUUCGACGUAUCUGGGAACAGUGGUCUCGGCGAAUACAUGAAAGAGGGGAGGCAAUUAUCUAACCAGACUGCACAAGUCGUUGAUCUUACAAGAGAAGCCGCCGCCACCGCUGCUUCUGCAUCGAAAGAUGACGAUGACGAUAUAGAAGUCACUGGAUCGGUCGAUUUGAGUACCCAGAAAGUAUGCUAUGGUAAAAUCGAUGGCGCGACGGUGCAAGCUCACCUGGUUCCCAAACCAGCACCGAACAAUUUCUUUGCUGAUUGGACGCGUGAUUGGCCGGCUAUCAAGCUGGGAAUCCGGCACCAACCUGGCAUGGGGAACAGGAUCGACGUGAGCGAUCCUCAUGGUCGGACUUUUGGCGCAAUUGAUGCUAGGACAGCUGCGGCCCUUGUGCCAUUGCUAGACUCUCAGCAUAUGACAGUCAGCAUGACAGCUCGCCUGGAACUUCGACGGAGGCAGCCAAAUGAAAUAGAAUGGCAGCACUGUUCAGAGUUUUACCGUGCUUCAAUCAAUCUGUAUGGCAUGAGAAAGCAUGCAGAAAUGGUGGGAGAUGUGCUGGGUCGGAAUAAUGUUUGGCUGGGAACUCCAUCUAUGGUUGAGCAAGGAAUACCUGUGUUCAAUCCGCAUUCCGUGAGAAGACGUACUCAGCCCAACUAUGGUCCAUCUAAUACCCCACGUUCACGAACCGCGGCCCCUUUUGAAGUUCGCACUGCUGAAGAAGUGAAUGAUGCGGUCAUGAAGAUGUUCGAUCAACUCCGAACUACAGAUAAUAUCCCUGAACUGGAUGCUUCUCCGAUGGUUCGCACGCCGCUUCUUCGGCACCAAAAACAAGCUCUCUGGUUUAUGAUCGAGAAGGAGAAAAACCGCAAAUACGGAUUCAAGGAAGAAGACAAUAAUUCUCUAUGGCGAAUGGUCCAAGCUUCGAACGGCUCUACGAGAUUCCGUGAAAUUAUCAGCGGAACCGUCCUCGGUGAAGAGCCUCCUCAAACUUACGGGGGUCUCUUGGCUGAUAUGAUGGGCCUCGGAAAAACAUUGAGUAUCCUGUCCCUUGUUGUUGGAACACUGGCGGAGUCCACGGAGUGGGAAAAGCGAUCACCGCUCCCAGACAUUGUACGUAACCACCCUGGGAUUCGCAACACAAAAACCACGCUUCUCGUUUCGCCUCUUAGCACUGUGAACAACUGGGUGUCUCAAGUCAAGGAGCACCUGGAAGAAGGGGCAAUUUCUUAUUAUGUCUUUCACGGGCCUUCAAGGACGACCGAUAUUGAUGAACUGCGCCAGUAUGAUUUGGUGAUUACGACAUAUAGCACCAUACUCAGUGAACUCAGUGGUCGCGGCUCGAAGCGCGGCCUCAGCCCGCUUCUUAGAAUGAACAUGUUCCGGAUUGUUCUGGAUGAAGCCCAUGUUAUUCGUGAGCAGAGCACAGCGCAGAGCCAAGCAAUUUUUCGGUUGAACGGCCAGCGCCGUUGGUCUGUUACUGGAACACCUGUUCAAAACCGUCUUGAGGACCUUGCAUCCGUCACCAAGUUUCUGCGACUCUAUCCGUAUGAUGAAAAGGCCAAAUUUGCUGCUAUCAUUCUCAGUCGUUUCAAGGUUGGAGACCCCACUGUGUUUGCAAGCCUCCGCGUCUUGGUCGAUUCAUUCACGCUGCGCCGUGUGAAAGAUAAGAUAAAUCUGCCUCCUCGACAAGAUAAGAUAGUCAUGUUGGAGUUUUCUGAACAGGAAGCCCAGCUUCAUGAGUUUUUCCGUAAGGAGUCCGAUCUGAUGAUGAAAGUCAUAGCAAAUGAAAGCAAGGGCACUAUAGGUGGCAGGAUGUAUCACCAUGUCCUCAAGGCAAUGAUGAUUCUACGCCAGAUCAGCGCCCAUGGCAAAGAAUUGCUUGACAAGGAGGACCGAGAAAGGCUGAAGGGAAUGAGUGUCCAUGACGCCAUCGAUCUUGAAGAAGGGGAAGGGGAAGAGCCAACCGGUGCUAUUGACCGAAAGGCAUAUGAGAUGUUUAGCCUCAUGGAAGAGUCUUCAGCAGCGGUUUGCGCAGUAUGCAAUAAACAGCUUGUCGAACAUGCCACCGAGUCUAGCACAACAGAUACAAAAGAUCCGAUGGCUGUGAUGCUACCCUGCUUCGACGUUCUUUGCCUAGACUGUUUUACGCCGAUAAAAAAGAAUUUUGUGAUUCAAUCGGAGCUUACAUCUGAACAGACUAAAUGCUUGGUUUGUGAAGGCUGGAUUCCAGCAACGUAUUCAGCAAUCACGAUUUCGGGCCUCCAGCAGUACACAGAGAGCCGCGCCGAGGCAAAGAAUAGUCGAAAAAAGGCAAAGAUGCUUGGGGAAUAUGAAGGGCCGCACACCAAAACAAAGGCACUGAUUUCCCAUUUACUAGACACAGCAGAAGAAAGCGCUCGAUCGGAAGAUCAAGCCCCUAUAAAGAGUGUUAUAUUUUCCGGCUGGACGUCUCAUCUAGAUCUCAUUGAGAUUGCCUUGAAAGACAAUGGUUUGAAGGGAUUUACGCGAAUUGAUGGAACAAUGACACUCGCAGCCCGCAAUCAAGCACUGGAUAUCUUUGCCAAAGACGAUAGCAUCACAAUACUCUUGGCGACUAUCGGAGCAGGAGGAGUUGGUCUGAACUUGACGAGUGCAUCUCGCGUGUAUGUCAUGGAGCCACAAUACAACCCAGCAUCAGUAGCGCAGGCUGUGGACCGUGUACAUCGUCUGGGCCAGACUCGCGACGUGACCACCAUCCAGUUUCUCAUGAAGGCUAGCAUCGAAGAGAAGAUAUUCGAAAUGGCCAAGAAGAAACAGCAGCUGGCCGAGGAUAGUAUGGCCCGCGGCAAGCUAGACAAACGUGAAGUUCAGGAGGCGAGGAUGCAAGCUUAUAGAAGCCUAUUCCGAUGA